AUGGCGAACGCCGGUGAUGGAGCGCAGGAGUCGGGAUGGGCGGGUGCUCGAGGCCAGAAGCAGGUGCCCGAGCGAUACGCGCAGCUCCAGGCUGCCCUCGACCAGGCAAGAUCGGCCUCUGCGGAUGGCAGAGGAGGACAUGCGGCUGCACAGGACUGUCCACCGGCGUUCCUGGACUAA